CCCAAGCUGAUAGGAUGGUUCCUGAUCGCCAGCAUCGCGGCUGUGACCCUGGUGGCCACGUGCAUCAGCCGCUGUUUCUCCCCGGUCAGCUAUCUUCAGCUCAAGUUCUGGAAAAUCUACUUGAAGAAGGAACGGGAGCUCUUUGAGAUCAAGGCCAACGAGCACGCAGCCAGGCUGGCCGAAAGAAAUACAAAUUGCUUCUUUGAAGGCACCGACCCGGCACUGUUUCAGACUCCCAGCAACGAAGCCUGGUGGAAGAUUUCCUUCUUGUACACCUUCAGUCCGCAAGAGCAGUACUACAGCAUGACACACAAGUACGUUAACACAAGCAGAGGCGACCCCGUCCGACCCGGGGAAGGAGACCGGAAUCCCCCCGUUUUGGGAUUUGUGGAUGACGCAAGCCCAAGCGAAUCAGGCUUUUGA